UAGUCUCAACAGUAUUACUAAACAAAUGGUGUUGUAUAUAUAAUAUCAUUAUCAAAGUAAAUUAAAUGAUAAAUUUAUAAAGAGUGCUACGAUGGAAGGGUCUCGGUGUUUGAUCUUCACUAUAUUAAUUUAUAUAAAUCAAUGUUUCGGACAAAAUAAGAACAACGGGAUAACAUUUUAUUAUAACAAUAAUUACAAAUACAACGAACAAUACACAGUAGAAGUCAGCAAAAACACGGAAUAUAUGGAGUUCGCGGGGGAUCUGGUGACGUACGACACUCCGGCUAGAGUGACGGUCGCCAGCGACUUCGCCAACCGAACGUACCCUUUUGUAACGGCGCGGCAACAAAAAGGUGUGUUCUCGUGGCAGCUGCCGAUGUUGGUGCAGACUCCCGACUCCUCGGAGCAGUUCACCAACAUCUCCCGGACCCUCUGCCCUCACAACAACAUCUUCUCCGAGGACGAGGACGCCUGCGAUGUGCCAUCACUAAACAUCCCGAUCGUCCAUCUGACGUCGUCUUCCCCCGAUCCCAUCAAGGUCACGAUAUUCGUGGAGACCGUGAAGGACUUCUUCAUACAACAGAAUUCGGUGACCAAUCUAACGAGCACCCCGAGUCAGCCGAAAUACUACUUCUAUCCGUUCGACCAGGGGCCGAACAGAAUGGUCGAUAUAGAAACGCAGAGUAUCAGGAAAAAGUACAUGUGCAACAAAGAGCUGGAUGCGGCAGAGCAGGGCAAGCUGGAGAGAUACCUCGUCAGGAGCGACUCGGACUCGCCCCCGCCGGCGCCGGGCUGGUUGUCGCGGGCGCAGAGCGUGAUCGUGAUGAUAGAGUCGGACGACGACGUGUGCGCCGUCGUCUCCAUACAGAACUUCUCGUGCCCCGUGUUCGAUAACGAGCGGGACAUCUUGUACGACGGCUUCUACCUCACCAUGACCAGGAGGGGAGGCAUCACACUCACCCAAGACUCGUUCCCGUACGGUUUCUACAUCGUGUUCAUAGUGAAGACGUCGGACGAGGCGUGUUACAACAACACGGCCACGCCCAAGAUGGCGGCGGAGUUCGGGUGGGGGGAGACGGUCACGGCCACCGCCGACAACGGACGGGUCAAGACUUUCAGUUUCUCGGUGGUGCCGACGAUCUCUUACUCCCAGUACCUGCUCGGCGCCGCGGCUCCUCUCGGCUUCUUCCUCUCCUUCUACGUGGCCUUCGCGGCGGCGGUCGUGUGUCAGAGGAAGAGACCAGCGCCAGACACGGAGCGCCUCGUGUCUCCGGCCACUCCUCACGACGAGUCGGUCGUGUCUCCGUCGUGUCGUCGUCGGGUCGUCAACGACGCCAGCUGCAGCUCGGCGGGAGACGGACCUGGAGUCUGCAGCUCGUCCUCCGACACGGAGUCCGACGUGUCCGCCGUGGAGCUGAACACGGAGAAGCAGUUCAGAGUCGACGGGAGACUGUGCGUGGCGCAUCUGGCGAGAUGUCGGCCGCGCGUGCUGUCGUCUCGCUCGCGGAUGUACCUGUGGGGCGUGCUGACGGUGGCGGUGUUCUACACGCUGCCGGUCAUACAGCUGGUGGUGACGUACCAGCGGCUUCUCAACCAGUCCGGUAACCAGGACCUGUGCUACUUCAACUUCCUGUGCGCUCAUCCUCUCGGCUCUCUGUCGGACUUCAACCAUGUGUACUCCAACGUCGGCUACAUCCUGCUGGGAGCGCUGUUCCUCUUGCAGGUCCGCAGGAGACACCUGCGAGCUGAGACGAGGGAGCAGACGGACGUCGGCAUCCCUCAACACUGGGGCUUGCUGUACGCGCUGGGCGUGUCUCUCCUGUCCGAGGGUCUGCUGUCCGCGGCCUACCACGUGUGUCCCAACAGCAUGAACUUUCAAUUCGACACGUCGUUCAUGUACGUGACGUCUGUCCUGUGCAUGGUGAAGAUCUACCAGUCCCGCCACGCCGACAUCAACGCACGAGCUCACGCCACCUUCGGAGUGCUCGCGCUCAUUAUAUUCAUAGGUCUCGUGGGUGUUCUGAACGCCAACGUCUACUUCUGGGUUCUGUUCACGGUGCUGCACCUGGUGACGUGUCUCGUCCUCACCUUCCAGAUAUAUUACUUAGGACGGUUUAAAUUCGACCUGUCGCUGGCGGGCCGCGGCUGCCUGGCGCUGCUGCGCGGCCGCCCGCCCGCCCCGGCUCACUGCGGCCGCGGCGUGCUGCUGCUGCUCGCCAACAUCUCCAACUGGGCGGUCGCCGCUUACGGCCUGUCUCAACACAGCCGCGACUUCGCGUCUCACCUGUUGCUGGUCCUCAUGAGUAACCUGUUCCUGUACACUCUGUUCUACAUCGUCAUGAAGCUGCUGCACCGGGAGAGCAUCCGCUGGUACAGCUGGGUGUUCAUCUUCCUGACGUACUCGGUGUGGUUCGGGUCCAGCUACUUCUACCUGGACCUCAGCACCAACUGGGCCCUGUCGCCGGCUCAGUCUCGGCGCCACAACCGCGUGUGCUCGCUGCUGCAGCUGUUCGACUCGCACGACUCCUGGCACUUCCUGUCGUCCAUCGCCAUGUUCUUCUCCUUCAACAUGUACCUCACCAUCGACGACAACCUCGCCCAGGUGCCGCGGACGGAGAUCAUGGUGUUCUAGACGCACAGACGGUCUCUGGUGUACUUUAUACACAUGACAGGUCAGGCGACUGUAACACUAACGGUUUGUGAUAUUUAGUCGUACUCCAACGAGUUCUGCUCCGAGCUCGUCCGUGUGUGAUCACACGCGCUCCAGCUCUCUGUAGUUAUAAGUCAGUUUGUGUGAUUUUAAUAUUUCAGUGUUAUUGCGUCAAGCGUGAGCGUUUGUUUUAAAUAUUUCCGUUGUAACAAUGGAGCGUGUCGUUUUAGUCUGUCGCGUCGCUAGUCUAGACUGUCACAUACUAGAAAUACCAAAUAGUCUAAAGAAUGGUACGGAGCUGUAUGAACUAGUCUUAUCAAUAAAUUCCUUUGGAUGAAA